GAGUGCGUUUUUAAUAGAUGAAUCGAGACGGAAAAGUGUGCGUUUAGUUGCAUAACGUCUUUUGGAAAUGACGCGCUGCCGCUCAUGGUCGAAGCGUCUCCUACGGCCGUCACAGGUACCUGAACCAGUCGUUACUGCCGCCGUCUUGUGUUCGUUGCUGAUUUUCCUUGUGCACGUGCCGUCCACCAGAUCCUUCAGUAUUUCAUGGUUGUUUGACGAUAGUACAUACAGGGGACUUUUGUAUCCUAAGUACGACGACGAUUAUACAUCGAACGACGAAAGCAUAGCGGACGAGAUCAACGAUGUGUUAGACGAGUUUCGCAUAUACUGGAAUGUGCCCACAUUCCAGUGUCACAAGUUUGGGUAUAAAUUUAAUGAAGUGGCUGAAUGGGGCAUACAGCAGAACGUCGACGAUAACUUUCGCGGUGACAAGAUCAGUUUGCUCUACGAUCCGGGACUAUUUCCGGCCCUAAUGCAAAGUGGUGGUUCCCGGAACGAUCAUGUGGUUAGGAACGGUGGUGUACCUCACGAGGGUAACCUUACUAAGCAUCUAGAAAUAUUUACUAAAGACCUAAUCACCAAGUUAGUACCGGACCCAAGUUUUUCGGGAUUAGCUAUUAUUGAUUUUGAACAUUGGCGUCCUAUGUUUGAAGAAAAUUUUGGAUCAUUAUCAUUAUAUAAAGAUUAUUCCAUGGAAAUUGAGAAAUAUAACCAUCCGUAUUGGCAAAAAGAAGAUCUCCAAAGAGAGGCUUCUAGAAAAUUUGAAAAAGCAGCUACACAAUUCUUAAAACGAACUCUUCAAGUUGCAAAGUCAUUAAGACCAAAUGCCAAUUGGGGGUAUUAUGGAUAUCCAUUUUGUUACAACUACACACCAAAGAAUGAUCAAGCAAAAUGUUCAUCAAAUGUGAUGAAGAAUAAUGAAAAAUCAAAAUGGUUAUUUGAAGAAAGUACAGCUAUUUAUCCAUCUUUAUAUUUUAAAUACGAAAAUAUGAGUUCAGAAAAGAGAUCUAAGUUUAUGCAAGGCAGAAUGGUAGAAGCAAUACGUGUGGGGAAAAUGAGCAAUUCAAAAACAUUUAUUUAUCCAUACACAUGGAUAAAAUAUUAUGACACAAAACAAUUUGUAGAGAAGGCCGAUCUGAUGAAUUCGUUUUCAAUACCAAAGAAAAAUUAUGCAUCCGGUGUGAUCAUUUGGGGAGCUUCCAACGACGUAAACAGCGAAAAGAAAUGCAAAGCAAUGCACAACUAUUUGACUGGAGUUCUCGGGCCUACGCUAAAAACGUUUUAUAAGAGCAACAGGAAAACGAUUCAGAGAAAAAGAAGAGCGAAGAUUGACAGUAUAUUCGAUUACUUCUUAUAAACUCCCGCCGAAGUACUGUCGCUGGAUAGCCUCUUUAAUUCACGCACAUCAACCAAAAUAAUAAUAAUGUUAUUAUGUAAAUUAUGCUUAUACUAAUACCAAUUAUUAUUAUUAUUAUUAUUAUUAUUAUUAUUAUUAUUACUGUGAAACUAUCAGUUAAGCUUAUUGUACCAUACGUGUAUAGAUUGUUAAAUAGUCUUUAUUAAAAAUAAUAAUAAAAAAAACUUCUUAUAAAAACUAAAUCAAAUUAAUUUGAGAGGCCAUAAAAAGAGUUAUUUAAGGGCAAUCUAUAGUAUUAUAUACAUUUAUUUACACUGAUUACAUACUAUGCAAAGUAUUUAUUAACACCCCAGAGUUACCUAGAUUUGUAAACGAAGUAUGAUUACAGUUUCGUACUAUCAUUUUAUUAGAUAAUAAUGUUAUGUGUAUAUACUAAAUA